AUGUUCUCGCUCGCUCUCCUUACUCUCCUUCCUCUCGUAGCUGCUCAGAGUGCUCAGAACCUGCCCUUGGAGAUUGCUGCCAUCAAAGCUCACUUCAACCAGAGCGGUCUCGUUCCUUCCUUAUUGCCCACAUUCGAGCCAAGUGCGCUCAUGACCAUCAACUUCCCCGAGGUCGGUGAUCUCAAGCCAGGACAAAGCAUCACACAAGCUCAGUCUGGCCCGACUCCUACAAUUUCUUUCACCCCUGCCAACUCCUCUGUCAAGCUCGACGGCAACUUCACCAUCUUCCUGGUCGAUGCGGACAUCCCAGGAUCGACGGAGAAGAACGUGAACCGUCAUUGGCUAGUCAAUGGUGUCACUGUCCAAGACAACAAAUUGAGCAACUCGUCUGCUACCGCGAUCACUUCAUAUGCUGGCCCUGGCCCAGCCGAGGGAAGCGGUCCUCACCGAUAUGUCGCCAUCCUCUACCCACAGCCCGCCGAAUUUGUUGCCCCCGCUGACUUCCGUGAGCCUCUGGGCGUCAACGCUAUGGAUCUGCAACAAUAUGUACUGGACUCUAAGCUCGGACCAGUCUUUGCUGCCAAUUAUAUGAUUGUCGAGGUCGGAACCGCUACCGUUACCCCUAGUUCCACCGCGCCCGUUAUCACCUCUACGCUCACUCCCGCUAAUCCCACUGGUUCUGGCGGCUCUGGCUCUGGAAGCGGAUCUGGAACCUCCAAAGGUUCCACCCCAUCUAACGCAGCUUCCCAGCUUACCGUUGGCGGUUCUGCCUUUUUAGCUUUCCUCUCCUCCGUCCUUAUCAUCGCUUGA